AUGAUAAGAAUACAAGCGAUUGCACACAACAACUCAAAUUUAGCCUCACUUUCAUCAACCGUUACGUUAAACUCCCGGCGCUUUCUAACCCAUUGUUUUGCCGCCAACUUAAACACCACGACAUCCGUAUUAUUGAGGUAUCGCUUGAGGGCCAGACCCGACGUGUGGAGAGUGGGCGCCCACCGACCAAAAUGGGCCAUUUGUGACCUAUCUUCUGAGCCAAACCAAGAGUUAAGACUGUGCCAACUUAUCCGCAGCUGUCUGUAUCUGAUCGUAAGACCAGAUCCGCCACCUGUGCCGCUGACCAACAGCUCUGAGUCGAUCCACUUGGCAAGUGCCCUGAAUUUGGUCAAAGCAUCGGGCAGAAACACGCCCAGACUAUCUUCGCUGAUCUCCAGCAUUGGUUUCAGUUGUGGCACUCCGUCCAGCGCUAGGGUCUGGUGUGUGGACACAAUCCUCAGCGAACAGACAUGUCAACGACCUUCCGAUCGACUGUCAACACCGCAAUCAUUCAUAUCGUUACCAAACCAUACGGUUAUCUCAUUUCAAUUCAGAUAUAUGUUUGGCGUUACACUCAAUGCGACCACAAAUCGGGUAGUGAUGGACAUCGACCCGAAGCGAUUGCUGGCCUCGUUUGACAUAAGCAAUUACUUUGACCAUGAUCCUAAUUCGGUUUAUAGCUUCUCUGACGUAUCGAUGGUCGACUAUACCGCGCAUAUGGGCGAUAAAAGGAAAUUGUAUUCAAAGGAUUUGAACAAUAAGUUUGUAUUUAAAGACGAAACUCUACUCAAAAGUGUCGGACUUCCGGACAAUUUGGACGCGGGAGACAAUUUCACCACUUUUUCGGAUAACAAGAAUCAACCGAAACAAUGGACACAACUCUCGACUCUUUUCCCUAACAGUGAAUACCCUUUGGAUGCCAUUAAUUGUAAUCGCAAUUUCAGUUCAUGUCAUUUACAUAAAGGCGAUAAAAGGAAAUUGUAUUCAAAGGAUUUGAACAAUAAGUUUGUAUUUAAAGACGAAACUCUACUCAAAAGUGUCGGACUUCCGGACAAUUUGGACGCGGGUUUUACCGAUGAAAACGGGGAUCAGAUUUAUGUCAAAAACAAUUACCUCUUUUGGAAAGAAUACGGAAUUUUUAGGCAACAAAUAAUUCAACACUACUUUCAAUGCCCCGAAAAUUACUACAAAAAUUUAGCGCUUAAUGAAUUGAAUUCGUGGCAAAAAUUCAUUAAAGACAUCAAAACAUAUGAUGUAAUCAAUUUCACAGAGGAUCCCAUACCUGCACCCAAACACAUACCAACAACUGCCACAACAGUUAGCACUACAACUGUAACCACACUUAAGCCAACUUCACCGCCGGAUCUAAUUGUCUUUUAUGGCUUAAUUGCCGGUGUCAUUAUAUGUGUGAUUGUAAUCAUAUGUGUAAUCAUUGGCUGUUAUUGUGUGUUGUCUUCGAACCCAAACUCCAAAGAAGAGAAAGAAAUGCAUAAAAAGAUGUUAAGAGAAAAACUCGAUUCAUUGAAAGCCAAACAAUCGCCUGAAAAACCCAAACAAAGUCCCGAAAAAUCCAAACAAAGUCCCAAAAAAGGAUCGUCGGUCUCAUUGAAGUACUCGUUGUACAGCGUUUUGGCCACAAUUUCCUGA